CCUCAUGGGCACUGGGCCAUGACAUUUCGAUGCUUCCGGGCUGCGGUUGCUGUGUCCUGGGUCCUUUUUUUCAAUGCAGCUACCGCCCCAUCGGCACGCCCACGGUAUGAAGUGAUGCCAGCGGAAGGGAGCCAAGGCGGCGUGUCCGCCAUCCACGGCAUCACUCCUCAGCAGCUCGAUGUUGUCCUUGCCGAAACGCUGAGUGCGGAGCUAUUGACGCUUCCCACGCAUAGCGGGGUGCUGGCGUUUCCGCGGUGCUGCGAAAACCUGACAGCUUCGGAGUUUCUCCGAAUUUCCCGGCUCUUUGGUGGAAAGGAGGUAGUGAGUCGCCAUGUGGUUCAUCCCAGUUCUCCAAGUGAAGACAUCCUGCGCCUAUCCAACCAGGCGGAGCAUGGAGUGGUGCAGGUGGGUCCACAGUGGCACCAGGACGGGAGCACUGAAAAAGCCGUGUUUAGCCACCUGCUGCUGCAUGCCUUGCGCCCCGGCGCCCCCACUCACUUCGCGGACUUGGCGAAGGCUUACGAAGUGCUGGAGCCGGAGACACAGGAGCAGUGGUUGCGCAUGGCUUCUGCCUCUUAGCAUCAUGAUAACCUUUUAGCGUCAGCCACUACGUCACCACCAAGAUGCGAUGUGUGACCCCC